AUGCCCCCGCCCGACAUCACUCCACGGACUUCCCCGAAGGUCCGAUUGAACGCCCUACGAUACGGUCCAAAACGAACCACAGAAUACCCUUGGGAGAGAGAUAUGAGACUCAUGAGGAAGGGACACCCACGUCCGUUCGAGGAUCAUGCCCGCGAGACAGACCUCAAGGACAAUUUAUACGUCACAGGGAUAGAUCUGUACCUGGAUAGAACUCUACAGGAACAUCAUACAGACAAGUUUGUGUUAAAAAAGACGGAGUCGAAUGAAUCGGAACCGGACUUAAUUGUACGGCGUGGUCAACCGUUCCUGAUUUGUGUGAACCUUAAUGAAACAUUCAACAGAGGCAAGCACGAUUUACAACUGAGUUUCUCCACAGGAGGUGAUCGACCGACCCCCGGGGACGGUACAUGGGUGUUACUGGAUGUCAAAGACGAAUACGAUAAACACCGAAAAACACACGGCUGGCGAAUGUACGUCAUCAGAUCUUCCAACAAAUCGAUGGUACUGGAAGUGACCACGCCCCCUACAUGUACAGUCGGAGAAUGGAUACUAAGUAUAUUUUCUACAACAUUAGGAACCUAUGUACCUGCUAAGCGAGAGCUGAGAUAUGAAUACCCCAGUGAUUUCAUCAUCCUGUUCAACCCUUGGAAUCCCCCGGAUCAGGUGUAUAUCGACAGAGUUAUCUGCCCAGAAGAUGGGGUGAGAGGACACACCGAACCUAUUGAUGAGUAUGGCUUCAAUGACUGUGGUAUUAUUUUCAUUGGAAGAGAAGACAAGAUCAUAGCCAAACCAUGGAACUUUGGACAGUUUGACGAGGACAUCCUGAAGAUAAGCCUUCAUCUGUUGAGAAAGGCGUUCAAUUUUCAGGUUACAAGUCAGUUAUCCGACCCUAUACUGGUGUGCAGAGGUCUUACGAAGGUGAUAAAUAAUGUGGACGGAACAGGUGUGAUGACAGGAAGAUACCGAGGGACGUUUGCUGAUGGCAUCAGGCCAACGGUGUGGAUAGGCAGUCCCCGGAUACUGAGAAUGUAUAGUGAGCAAAACGGUACACCGGUCAAGUACGGGCAGCCGUGGGUGUUUUCUGGUGUCUACACAACAGUAAGCAAAACUUUUCUAUUAAUUGAUGGAAGGGAUUUCCAUGUGUGGAAUGAAGUAUGGAUGAAGAGGCCUGACCUCCCGGAAAAGCCAGAUAAUUUGAGUGGUUGGCAGGUACUUGAUCCCACUCCACAGGAACCUUCGGGACGCAGUGAAGAGUCGGAGAUUGUCAUGAGGACUGCUUUACGUAGUAUGAAAGUACAACGUCUGUCGGAGACCACUGAGGUUGCAAAACAGGACAUUGUGAUGGAGAUCCUGUCGGAUCACGCAGAGAUGGUAGGCUACGAUGUCUAUUUUACAAUCAAAUUGACCAACAUCAGUAGACAAAAUGAAGAGCUGACUAUCGGUAAUCUAGUAAUCACUGUGUCCAGCCAUGUGUACACGGGUGGGGACACCACACCCCUGAAGAAAGUUGUCUACAGCGGCCUUCACCUUAAAUAUAGACAAGUAUUAAGUUACCAGCUAAGGGUUUCACCGGCAGACUACGACCUUAGUCUGAAACCUCUAUUGAUAUUUGAAGUCGAGGCAACAGCGAACGUAAAAGAGACAGGCGGUAUUGUAGUAGCCAGUCUUGACUACAGUUUAACGCCCCCUACCGUCGGAAUACAGACACAAAGUCACUGUAAAUUAAAUGAGCCGACAGAUGUGCAUUUGACCCUUCGGAAUCCCUUCCAUGACACGUGGUUGACGUUCUGUGUGGUUUAUAUAGAAGGAAAUCUGUUCGGAACAUAUCCACCUCUACCGCAGCCGAACAUAAAACCACAUGAUCGGUGGCAGAUGACGCUCCCAGUGACAGCAAAUAAAUCAGGCACAGGAACCUUGUUCGUGUCGUUCGAUUGCAAGGAAAUACCAGGAAUAUUUGGUGUAACAAAGCUACAGGUGUAUGAAUGA